ACCAAAGUCAUCCCAUUAUAUCUUUAUAUCUAACUCGCUCUUCCUCAACUACCCGCCAUUUUUACGAACUGCAGACUUUACCUCUCUCCUGUCCUGAUGACAAGCCCGAGUAGCUCAAUCUACGGUCGACGUUGGAACCGGAGCUCCGGUGAGCGGUCAACGCCAGAUCGACUUCCCUACUCUCCUAGCUUCUCUGAGUCAUCCGCCUCCUCUCGGAAGUCCAAUUCCCACCGGAAUCCCGUGUCAGUUGCUGCACGUUCCGUUGCUGGAAUCUUUGUGGCCUGUUUUACUCCUCCUGAGACCACCAAAAAUUUCACCGACUCUGAUGAACUCAAAGCCCCGUCCGUUACAUCCGGUAGCACUAGAGGUGGCAGUAGGAGUUCCAACCGGGGGAUUUAUGGCAGUCCACAAAAUUCAACUCAUGGGAGAAAGUCUGGCACCGGGAGGUUCACAUGGGAAGAAAUCUACAAGGCCACCGGCAAGUUCUCCCCUUCAUCCAAGAUAGGACAAGGUGGGUUUGGGACUGUAUACAAGGGGAGACUUGAUGAUGGAACCCUUGUUGCAAUCAAGCGUGCUAAGAAGAGUGUAUACGAUAAGCAUUUGGGUGUUGAGUUCCAAAGUGAGAUCCGAACAUUGGCGCAGGUAGAACAUCUGAAUUUGGUUAAGUUCUAUGGGUAUUUAGAGCACCAAGAUGAAAGAAUUGUUGUUGUGGAGUAUGUACCCAAUGGAACUCUCAGGGAACACUUGGACUGUUUGCAUGGAAAAGUUCUUGACCUGGCUGCACGGCUAGAUAUUGCCAUAGAUGUGGCUCAUGCAAUCACCUAUCUUCAUAUGUAUACAGAUCAUCCCAUAAUCCAUAGAGACAUAAAGUCUUCCAACAUCCUCCUCACAGAAAAGUUCCGGGCUAAGGUAGCUGAUUUCGGGUUUGCUAGACUGGCUGCUGACACUGAUUCAGGUGCCACCCAUGUAUCUACCCAGGUUAAGGGAACUGCUGGUUAUUUGGACCCAGAAUACUUGAGAACCUAUCAACUUACAGAAAAGAGUGAUGUUUUCUCCUUCGGCAUAUUAUUGGUUGAACUAGUCACAGGCAGGCGCCCCAUUGAGCCAAAACGUGAACUCAAGGAACGGAUAACUUCAAAAUGGGCAAUGAAGAAAUUCACUGAAGGGGAUACCAGUUCAACUGUGGACCCCAAACUAGAACAGACUGCUGGAAACAACUUGGCCAUUGAGAAAAUUCUUGAACUAUCCUGGCAAUGCCAGGCUCCUCGUAGACAGAACAGGCCUACCAUGAGAAGGUGUGGGGAGGUCCUAUGGAGCAUCCGCAAGGAUUACAGGGAACUAUGUGCUUUAGAUCGUUCCCUUUCCUGUAAUUCUCAGAGAAGUGCUUCAAUAAGAGAAAAGUGAUCAAAUGGCUCGUUGAGAUGAAAACAAAACUGAGCUAAAGCUUGCAUCAGAGAGAUCAAAGCCACAGAGAUGAAAAUCAAAGGUAGAAGAAAGCCUUCAUACCUUCCAAAAUUAUCUGAGGAAUCUGUUGAGGAAGGUAAUGAGAUUAAUGCGUAGGCAAUUAAAUUCAUCCAGGGGAACGAGCCUUUCUUUCUGUUUUUGGGUAAUUGUCAAUUGAUGAUUUUUGUGGCUUUAUUUUCUCUUAUGGUAUUCAUUGCUGUACAUUUAAGAGCUCAAGAAAGGAUUGUGAACAUAAAUGAAUAUGUGAUUAUAAGUUUGCUGUAAAAUAGGAAGUAUUGAUAAUUGUCAAGUAAUUUGUUUCAUCUAAUAAUUUAAGUUACGUAAUUCAGUACAGUUCAAAUUGUAAACACUUUUUUAUUUGAUUAUUUAGAUAGAGAAAUUUUUUAGGGAUGAUAAGUUUCUUCUACACUUCAGUAUUUUGGAAUCCUAAAGCUCUCAGUAACACUAUCUUCCCAAAACUCUUUCUACUCUAUGUAUCUGUGCAAAAGGAAGAAAAAAUAUAUAUAUAU